CGGCUGCUACGCCGACGACACCGCCUCUUCCGCGGACACCCGCACGGUUACCCCGGCUCUCCGCCCCUCCUCGCAGCGGCGCUCCAGGGAUCAUGGCCGAUCCCCGCGUGAGGCAAAUCAAGAUCAAAACCGGCGUGGUGAAGCGAUUGGCCAAAGAAAAAAUGAUGUAUGAAAAAGAAGCAAAACAACAAGAAGAAAAGAUUGAAAAAAUGAAAGCUGAAGAUGGUGAAAAUUAUGCCAUUAAAAAGCAGGCGGAGAUCCUGCAGGAGUCCCGGAUGAUGAUCCCAGACUGCCAGCGCAGGCUGGAAGCGGCCUACGCCGAUCUGCUGCAGACACUAGAGAGUGAAAAGGAGUUGGAAGAAGCUGAGGAAUAUAAGGAAGCACGUUUAGUACUGGAUUCAGUGAAGUUAGAAGCCUAAAGUUUUUCUGUACAGGGUGUUUUUUUGCAGUUAAACCUGGGGUUCAUUCCACAAUUCAUUGUUUUUGACCACUGCUGUUUGUUCAAGUAGUAUGAGGAUGUGAUCCUUUUUAUGUAGUUGCAUAUAUUUUUCUUUGCCUAAUUUAAUGUGUCAAAUAAAUGAAUUCGUCUAAUAAAAUUGUUUUUUAUACUUUUUUACAAAAUAUUUUAAUUAAACUUUCAUUAUUAAGUCAUAGACAUUUUUGACAGAGAAUUAAAAUUUGUUAGAUUUUAUUUGAAGUUCAAAUAUUUUGCUUUAUAAGUGUGGUUUGAGUUAAAAACAGGAUACCGCCCUGGCUGGUGUAGCUCAGUGGAUUCAGCACCAGCCUGCAAACCAAAGUGUUGCUGGUUUGAUUCCUAGACAGGGCACAUGCCUGGGUUGUGGGCCAGGAACGCAGUAGGGGGCACACGAGAGGCAACCACACACUGAUGUUUUACUCCGCCUCUUUCUCCCUCCCUUCCCCUCUCUCUAAAAAUAAAUAAAAUAUUUUUAAAAAUCA